GGCCACACACGCUGCAUAACACCAAAUAAACACACGAAACAAAACUCGAUUUGUGUCGUACUUUAUUUUUUUUUUGAGUGACAAUUGAAAAGUAUUUGGCACAGAAUGCAGAAAAAGCCGCUGAAUGCGAAUACGCUGCUGGAUAAGCUGCAUCGCGGCGCCGUCUACGCCUGCAUCGGCGUCACAUUAUAUGGCACAUAUAUGCUCGGCAUGCGCUAUUAUCAUUACUACACUGUGAUCCGGCCGGAAAAACAGCAGGCGGAGCUGAAGCUGCUGGACGAGGGAGCGCACGACAAGGCCAAGGAGCUGAAAUAUUGAGAGGCUGCAACCUCGACCAAUUACCAAUUGUUUGUUAAGUGUUAAUAAAUAAAUGCGAACGCAUAGCUUAA